AUGAACACUAUCCAGUUAAAGGAAGUAUAUAUUGUGUCUGCUGUUCGAACACCGAUCGCUUCAUUUCGUUCGACUUUAACGCCGUUAUCAGCCGUCGACUUGGGUGUUGUUGUAACCAAAGAAGCGAUUGCAAGAUCAUGUAUUCCAAAAAGUGCUCAAUGUCUCACAAUAAAUAAAGUGUGCUCGUCAAGUAUGAAAGCAAUUAUGCUGGGUGCACAACAGAUUCAGUUGGGUCAACGUCAAGUAGUAAUGGCCACUGGUACGGAAAGUAUGAGCAAUGUUCCAUUUUAUAUACCCCGGGGAGAGAUUCCAUAUGGUGGCAUACAGCUCACAGAUGGUGUUCAAAAGGAUGGUCUCACGGACUCACUGGAGAAUGAGGCGAUGGGUUUAUGCGCCGAAAAGACUGUCAAAGAAUACGGCUUCACAAGGGAACAACUUGAUACGUAUGCUAUUGAAAGUUACCAAAGGGCUGAUCGAGCAUGGCAAGAGGGUCUCUUCAACGCCGAAGUAGUGGCAGUCUCAGUACCCCAAAAACGAGGUGCACAAUCAGUCGUGCUCAGCAGAGACGAAGAAUUCAAACGGCUUAUUGCGUCAAAGGUGCCAGCCUUGAAGCCGGUCUUUCAAAAGGAUGGUACAGGUACAAUAACGGCCGCAAAUGCUAGCUCAAUAAACGAUGGAGCAUCGGCAUGUUUGCUGGUGGGAGAGGAUUUGGUCAAAUCGAAAAAUUUGAAACCAAUCGCUAAAAUUAUCGCUUAUGCCGAAGCUGGUCUCGAUCCGGUGGAUUUCACAAAAGCACCCUCACUAGCCGUUCAUGAGUUACUGAAAAAAUCCGGAGUGCGAAAAGAUUCCAUAAAACAAUGGGAAAUUAACGAAGCUUUUGCCGUCACUGCGCUAGCAUUCAUCGAAGAGCUACAACUCGAUCCAAAACAAGUGAACGUUAAAGGUGGCGCUGUGGCUCUUGGACACCCCUUAGGGUCAGUGGUUUCUCUUUUUUUUUAA